AACGGGAGAAGGAAGGGGCGGGCUCCCUCAACCUACGUCCGGCCUGCCGCGUGCGCCAGCCGGUUUAAUGCGGGGGCGCGGGCUUCUUUGGUUGAACAGGUUUUUCAGCUCCGGGUUGGACCCGGAGCCGGAGCCGGAUUCAACGCUGAUGGCCACGUCAACCUAAAGCUAAACCGCCCUCCCCACCCAGCUGCCGUCGCGCCCGCCGAGUUACUGCGGGUGUUCCCAGGCGCGUCCUCUCCGCCUUUCCCACAGUGCCCCGCGCCAGGCCCCGCCCCGGUUCGCCGUGGGGACCGGGGCGUGAGGAGCCGACUGGAACUGCAGCGCUCGUUGCUGCCGGUGCGGCUCGUCCUCCCCCAUCCCGAGCGCGGCGGCCCGGCGGUCGGAGAGUGCGCGCUUUGUUCACGCGCGCACAGCUUGCGCUCGGCCGGGUGGGGUCCGCCGCCGGGAAUUGAGGAUGGGGGAGUAGCUGCAGGAGGCGACCCCGCUACACUGAGGUGGGCAUGGGCCGGGGCCCGGGGCUCUGUAGGAGCCGGCGGCGGCCUGGGCCCUCCUGGAAGGGAGAGCGCAAUGCCUGUGCACCUCAGUCUCCCCUCCCUUCCUCUUUGCCCCUGCGACGGGUUUUGUGUUCUCGCUCCCCAUCUUUUUCUGAUUAUCUACAUCAUCACCCUUCUGACCUCGUCUCCUCACGUCUCGCUACAGUUCCUCUCACUUAAGCCUCAGUCACUCAGUCUCUUUUCACCCUAACCCGGCCGGAGACUUCACACACCAGCAGCACUUAUUGGUCUCUUUCACGGGACUUCCCCAACUUUCCCCUCUCCCCGCAUCCUAUUCUGGGGUGAUGGCAGCCAGAAAUCCUUCAUACUGCCUUUACCUGCAGCUUCCACCUGUCCCCGAAGCUUGGCGGAGAUCGAGUCAACCACACCCACGCUGACUGAGAACGACCGCUAGCAACACCACUUGUCCCAUAGUGGUAUUGGAGAAUGUGUUCUCUAUUUUCCUCUAGUUUUUUAGUCUGAUACUUGUUACUCUCCAUCACUAUGCUUUACAAAGUUAUGUUUUGGUUGCAUGAAACAAGUUAGAAAUGAGCCAAAGACCGUUCGCAGGUAAGGAGAAGAUUUAGACAUUUAGGAUUAAAUGAAGAAAGGAGAAACAAUGCUAAGAAGGUUAGAUUUUUCAAAGUGUUUUGGUAUCUUUUGUGAUCUGAUGAAGUGGAGAUUAUUGACCCUACACAGAUUGACAUUUUGGGAGGAAAUUUCAUGAUGCUUGAUUCGCCCUGGGAGUAAUGUGAACAGAAGUUCUCAAACCUGCAUAUUCUAUCAGUUGGAACCAGCGUGUAUCUUAAUGUUCAUUUAAAUCAGAACUUUUUUAAGAAAAAGAAUGGGAGUCUGGUUAAAUAAAAAUGACUACGUCAGAGACUUGAAAAGGGUCAUUCUGUGUUUUCUAAUAGUGUAUAUGGCCGUUCUAGUGGGCACAGAUCAGGAUUUUUACAGUUUACUUGGAGUAUCCAAAACUGCAAGCAGUAGAGAAAUAAGACAAGCUUUUAAGAAAUUGGCGUUGAAGCUACAUCCUGAUAAAAACCCGAAUAACCCAAACGCACAUAGUGAUUUUUUAAAAAUAAAUAGAGCAUAUGAAGUACUCAAAGAUGAAGAUCUGCGGAAAAAGUAUGACAAAUACGGAGAAAAGGGACUUGCAGAUAAUCAAGAAGGUGGCCAAUAUGAAAGCUGGAAUUAUUAUCGUUAUGAUUUUGGUAUUUAUGAUGAUGAUCCUGAAAUCAUAACAUUGGAUAGAAGAGAGUUUGAUGCUGCUGUUAAUUCUGGAGAACUGUGGUUUGUGAACUUUUACUCCCCAGGAUGUUCACACUGCCAUGAUUUAGCUCCCACAUGGAGAGACUUUGCUAAAGAAGUAGAUGGAUUACUUCGAAUCGGUGCUGUUAACUGUGGCGAUGAUAGAAUGCUUUGCCGAAUGAAAGGAGUCAACAGUUAUCCCAGCCUCUUCAUUUUUAGGUCUGGAAUGGCCGCAGUGAAAUAUCAUGGUGACAGAUCAAAGGAAAGUUUGGUGAAUUUUGCCAUGCAGCAUGUUAGAAGCACAGUGACAGAAUUAUGGACAGGAAAUUUUGUUAACUCCAUAGAAACUGCUUUUGCUGCUGGUGUUGGCUGGCUGAUCACUUUUUGUUCCAAAGGAGGAGAUUGUUUAACUUCACAGACACGACUCAGGCUCAGUGGCAUGUUGGAUGGUCUUGUUAACAUAGGAUGGAUGGACUGUGCCACCCAGGACAACCUUUGUAAAAGUUUGGAUAUUACGACAAGUACUACUGCCUAUUUUCCUCCUGGCGCCACAUUAAAUAACAAAGAGAAAAGCAGUGUUUUGUUCCUUCAUUCACUGGAUGCUAAAGAAAUAUAUUUGGAAAUAAUGCAUAAUCUUCCAGAUUUUGAACUACUUUCAGCAAAUACACUAGAGGAUCGAUUGGCUCAUCAUCGGUGGCUCUUAUUUUUUAAUUUUGGAAAACAUGAAAAUUCAAACGAUCCUGAGUUGAAGAAACUAAAAACUCUACUUAAAAGUGAACAUAUUCAAGUUGGCAAGUUUGACUGUUCCUCUGCACCAGACAUCUGUAGUAAUCUCUAUGUGUUUCAGCCAUGUCUAGCAGUAUUUAAAGGACAAGGAACCAAAGAAUAUGAAAUUCAUCAUGGAAAGAAGAUUCUAUAUGAUAUACUUGCCUUUGCCAAAGAAAGUGUUAAUUCUCAUGUUACCACACUUGGACCUCAAAAUUUUCCUGCCAAUGACAAGGAACCAUGGCUUGUUGAUUUUUUUGCACCAUGGUGUCCACCAUGUCGAGCUUUGUUGCCAGAGUUACGAAAAGCAUCAAAGCAUCUUUAUGGUCAGCUCAAGUUUGGUACACUAGAUUGUACGGUUCACGAGGGACUCUGUAACAUGUAUAACAUUCAGGCUUAUCCAACAACAGUGGUAUUCAACCAGUCCAACGUUCAUGAAUAUGAAGGACAUCACUCGGCUGAACAGAUCUUGGAAUUCAUAGAGGAUCUUAUGAAUCCUUCAGUGAUCUCCCUGACACCUACCACUUUCAGUGAACUAGUUAAACAAAGAAAACAUGAUGAAGUCUGGAUGGUUGAUUUCUACUCUCCAUGGUGUCAUCCAUGUCAAGUUCUAAUGCCAGAGUGGAAAAGAAUGGCCCGGACAUUAACUGGACUGAUCAAUGUAGGCAGUAUAGACUGCCAACAGUAUCAUUCUUUUUGUGCCCAAGAAAAUGUUCGGAGAUACCCUGAGAUAAGAUUUUUUCCCCAAAAAUCAAAUAAAGCUUUUCAGUAUCAUAGUUACAAUGGUUGGAAUAGAGAUGCUUAUUCCCUGAGGAUUUGGGGUCUGGGAUUUUUACCUCAAGCAUCCAUAGAUCUAACGCCUCAGACUUUCAAUGAAAAAGUUAUACAAGGGAAAAAUCACUGGGUGGUUGAUUUCUAUGCUCCUUGGUGUGGACCUUGCCAAAAUUUUGCUCCAGAGUUUGAGCUUUUGGCUAGGAUGAUUAAAGGAAAAGUGAAAGCUGGAAAAGUAGACUGUCAGGCUUAUGCUCAAACAUGCCAGAAAGCUGGUAUCAGAGCCUAUCCAACUGUUAAAUUUUAUCCCUACGAAAAAGCAAAGAGAAACAUUUGGGGAGAGCAAAUAGAUACCAGAGAUCCAAAAGAGAUUGCAACCUUAAUAUAUGAAAAAUUGAAAAAUCUUCAAAAUCAUGGAAAGAGAGAUAAGGAUGAACUUUAGUGAUGAUGAAGAUGAAGAAAAAAGAGAAAAGGAAUUCUAACAAAUGACAUCAAGAAGACCUCUUUAGGACGUUGCUGCAUUCUGGGUCGGAAUAAAUGAACAUUGGAAUUGUAAUUGCACUGUCUGAAUUCUGUACAACAUUGGUAUAAAUGAAAGGUCUGCAAGCUUUUUCUGUAAAAGGCCGGAUCGUAAAUAUUUUAAGUUUUGUAGACCAUGUACAGUUGUCACAUAUUCCUUUGUUUGCUUUGUUUACAACCCUUUAAAAAGUUAAAAUUGUUCUUAGCUCAGGGCCAUGCACAAACAGGCCAAGCCACAUUCAGUCCAUGGGCCAUAGAUUGCUGACCUCUGGAAAUGACCACAUUCAGUCCAUGGGCCAUAGAUUGCUGACCUCUGGAAAUGAUACUAAAACUGGCUGGCUCAAACAGCAGCCUGCUCUGUCAUGUACAUAUAUGUCUGGGAUCUAUUCCCUCAAGUUUUGUGGCUGGCCUGAAAAGAAAAACUUGGCAUUUAGUUACCUGUUUUAAAGAUUGUGUGAAAUGGAUUCUGACCAUAGUUUCUUUAAAAAAAAAAACACACGAUGUGGCAAGCAGAUACCCUAUUUUCAUGCUGUAUUAUAGUGAAGAGAUUUUUUUUUCUUUCCUUUCUAAAGGUUGAAGAACUGAUUUUAAUUUUUCACAAUUGAGAAAAAAUUUUUAACAAUCCAAUAGAUUUCUACAGCAUCUAGAAAUACCUGAGGAAAACAAUAUUUAUAGCUAUUAACUGGGCACUGUAGAGUAUCCCAAAUAUAUCAGUAUUUAGAGUUCUAUAUUUUAAAGAUCUAUGUUCAUUUAUUUUCUGAAUUGCUUUCAUAAAUGUUUUCCCUGUGAUAGCAGUUGACUUUUGAAGCAUUGUUCUAAUAUUUAUGGUUUUGCCUUUUGGACUUUGUUUUGAUAUAGAUCCUCUAUUUGCCUUCCCCAUAGUUGAGGUUUUUCACUCUUGUCUGAUUUGUUACUCAGAUACAAAAAGUGUGCAGGCUUGUUUCACUAUGACUCAUAAUGACAUUGUGGUUAUUCCAGUUGUUAGUUUGCUGCUGGAGGCUGCUGUUUCCAGAUAAAUAUUGUCAUAACUGAACUUAUUUUUUUAAGAAAAUCAAUUAUAUAAAUCUAAGGAUGGGAUCUUUUAAUUUCUCGGUUGUUCAGACUAAAAGAAUCCAAGAAGUUUUUGCUCACAUUUUCACAAAACAUUGUCAAUAAAGUGCAGUAAUUUAGUUACAGUUGAGAGUUCAUGGAAUGGUAAAAAUUCUGAUCAAAAGAGGUCAGUGAAUUAACAACAGUUUUCUCAAAAACUUA